CACAUUUGACAUAAAAAGAAUAACACCUGAGGACGGGCCAGUAGUCCAUCUAAAAAACACAGGAGUGGAUGUCACAGUGCCAAAUGGUCAGGAACGAUACUACCUGUACCUGUGUCAAAAAAGAGAGGAGUAUGGUAGUCCGCUACAAAUGGAACCUGAUGAGAAUGUGUUUGGACAUCCACUGGAAUGUCAGACCUGGGGACCACGGGUUAAAUCCAUCACACUAACAGUAACCGUAGACAGACCGCUCCGGAAAAAUGAGGAGGUUGUCUUACGGCCAGCGACAAAAGGUGGUAGCAUUAUCGAGGUAGACGUCAGAAACAAGGAUGGCGUUAAGAGCACAGUUAUAAAGAUGUCCAUUACUCUCAAACCCGAUGGAAUUAAUUAUUUCGCCAUUGCAAGCAGGGAAAAAACAGAAGUUUUUCAGGUUUCAAAUCGGGCAGUCUCAUUGAAACCCGAAAGCGAACCGGAAGCAGAAAUUGACAUCCCUGCUGACGCUUUUGAAUCUUGUGAACUUUUUGUAAAGUUUGCGGACACAACAGACUUUAUCGAAGAAAACGAGCAGGAUGAAAAAGAUGAAGGAACAUCCGGAAAGGCCGUCGUAAUGACAAACAUCCUUGACAUCACAACAAGUGACCAACAACAGCCUAAUAAAGAAAUAGAAAUUAAGAUGCCGAUCACGGCAAAAGCCCAAUCAGAAGGCAUCGUUAUUUUAAUGACUUCUAAUCCUGAUCCGAAUCUCUUGAAGUGGGAGUGGGAGGAAAUUCCAGCAGAAAUAAAAAAUGGCAGGGUUGAGUUUAAAAUCCGUCACUUUUCAAAAUAUGCUGGGACUUUGAAAACCGCAUUUGAUGCUGAUCCAGAAGCUACGGAAAACGUGACAAGAAAAAUCUUUCUGAAGAUGCGAAAAGUUGAAUUUUCAGUCGCUGUGAAAACACCGGAAAUGGACGAAACAAAAACUGAUAUGAUCAUAACAUGUGGAACAAAACGUGUAAUUAAGACGGUGAAGAAAGGAUAUGACAAAAGUUACACAUUGUUCGGACUGGGACACGAAAAGAAUAAGCUAGAGGUUCCCGUGGGACAAAUUUUUCGGAUUGAAAUUCGUGGCAAUUUGAAAGAACGAAAUGAUGACGACAACAUGGAGUUGAUAUUCAAGGGAGACAAUCAAGAGAGUUCUAGAGCCCUAGAGAUCGUUAGUGCCUCACCUGAAACUGUGGAACUGAAAGGAGAGGUAAACAUCUUCAUGGAAACUGAAUUUUUGGUAUCGGAUGUAGUAGAGACGGUCGACGUCGGGUGUUUCUUCAGCAGACAUAGCAAAGCGGCGACGAGAGUUAAGUCGGAGAUCUGGGAAACCAAAACUGAGUUGCUGUGCACAAUGCCCUUCGACAUCAAAUUGAUAAAACGAGAACCCGAACCCGAGCCUGCAGAACUUCCUCCAUCAGAACCCGAAAAUACAGAAAAUACAGCAUCAGAUUUGGGACAACCACCGUCAUACUUCCCAUGGGUUAAACUGAAGCAAGUCGUAAACAAGCUAUCAGACGAGCAGGUGAUACUACUGGGCUACCAACUCGGACUUAGCGAGACGCAAACCAAACAAGCAGUACACAACACAACAGAGGGAAUGGAUUUAUCCAGGAAUAUAUUAUAUGCAUGGUAUGCCACGGCUAAAAAGGAAGAGGCAAAAACGCAACUAAUGGGGGCGUUAGAGGAAAUAGGACGCCAAGACCUUAUACAAAUGCUACAAGAUGAAAUGUCCGUGACAUUAUAAUGCGGUGUCCACAUUCUCUUAUUGUUACUGUCUCUUGAGAAUCAUCUUGUUUGUAACAACAUAUAUAAUAUUUGCACAUUAUUCACGAUCAAAAUGGUUAUUCCCUCAUUUGGUAAGCUAAACAUUUCGAAUGUAAAUAUUUUAACUUGAUUUUACGAAAGAGGUUGUUUCUAUUGGUACCGUGUCGUUAUAUGCACAUUGAUAAGCAACCACUGUUUCUUUUAGGCACUUAUGAUUGCCAAAUGAUGCAUAGAACCAGUCUAUAUAAGGGAAUAUACCAACAGUACGGAACUCGAAACUGGCUUUGUGUAGUCUUAACAUAAAUAGGUGACAUGGCAUGGCUGGCUUUCUCUCCUGGUUCCAUUACUAGUGUAAAUGUACGUCAUGUAAUCUUUAUUAUACAUAAGAAGAAUAUUUUGUUCUUUGUGGCUGAUUUACUAUGGAUGCAGAUAUAGUUUAUUUCCGCUUCUGAACUAAUCAAUACGAAAAUAGAUGUAGUAUAGAAUACAGGAUGUUCUGAUAUAAAGACUAUUUUGUUGUGUGCUGUUAUGUUUCAAGAACUUGAAAUAAAAUAAUAUAACUUG